GUCUUAUUCAGAUCCAUUAAAUGUAUAAUGGGGGAUCAACUACUUUUCGAAAAUCUUGACGAGAAGCUAGAAGAUGAAGAUGGAUUUAUUACUGCAAGUUGGUUAUCUAUCACUUUCGACUUGAAUAUAGAUGCAUCGAGACGGUAAUCUAUCUGGUUCUCAAUAGAUAUAUAUAUGUACGCAUAUUCGUUUAGUUUGAUGGCGGCAUAUAUCCAGGCACGUGACAACUUGGCAUCUGUAUAUCUACUGACUGGGAUCAGUAAACAAAAUGAUAUAUUAGUUAAGUUGGCCAAUUCAGACCAGUUAUCACUGGCUCAGAAGUCGUUCUCGUUUCCACCUAAAUGUGUUGUGUAUAGUAUACAACGCCGACAAUGCAAGGAUUCUUUAUCAUUGGCUUGCUACGAUUUAUUGCAUAAUAUUUCUACAGAUCAAUUAAAAAGAUUAACUAGUAUUCCGUGGGAGUCAUCUUCUGAUCCACUGCCAUGUCGAGAAAAUCAAGAGACUGCACAAAAAACACCGGAACAUGUUGAUUCUCCUGUGUUACCGAGUCUUGCUACCAGUGGAUCCAAUAAGAAAAUUAAAACUUCAGAUUUCAAAAACUUUUUCAGUAAGAUUGAAAAGUCUGUCCAGGAUGAUAAAACGCUUGAAAAUUAUUUAGCAACAAGCACUAAGAAUAACAUGAUUCCUAAGCCAGUAGAAAGUGGGAAACUGGAUGUAUCGGACGAAGACGAAGAAUUUGGUUUGAAAACCACAUAUUCUUCGCAAAAGCGGAAAUGUAUUGUCAUUGAAUCCGAUGAAGAAAAAGAAGAAAGUAGUACAGUGACUAAGGACUGCGUGUCUACUAAUUUAUUUAAUUCUAAGGCAAGUACGAAACUUAGAAACAAUGAUAUACAGAAAAAGCGACCUACUCGCAGAAAAGAUAAACAGAAAGUAUUAGCUUCUGAUUCAGAAGCUGAUUCAUUUCUCAUGGAGCCUACACAAUCUGAAAAAUCACCCGACAAUGUUAAAAAAAUCGGUGUUAAAACUUUGUCAACACCGAUUAAGUGUGAAGAAAAUUCAAGAACUGAGAAAUCUAGCUGUGCUGCUGGUUUAAAUCGUAUUCGUCACCAAGUAAUGAAAACGUUUGCAGAUGAAGAUGGCUUUAUGGGUAAACUUUUCCGAAACUAUUGUUAAUAGUGGACAAUUAUGUGGUUGAUUUUACCACUAAAGUGUAUGAUUAUUUAGUUUUUAUUGUUAUAUCAUCAUGCUGCAUUAGUAUUAAAAAUAGAGUUCUUACAAUAAUGCUUUACAAGUGUGAUAUAUAUAUUUUAGUUACGGAAAAAGGCUGGGAAUGUUCAUCAGAUGAUGAAACCGCUAAACCGACAACAGCACCCUUUCCUUGUAUGGAUCAAAAUGAGAAAAAUGAACGGGUUGUUCAACCGAAAAUUGAUAAUCCUGUCUCUCUAACUGCACCACCAACGAUUCAACAGACUAAGCCACCCAAACAAUCAAACAAAAAGAACACGAAUAAUAAGCCGGCAGCUAGUAAACAAGCUUCAUUGUCAUCAUUUUUCAAGCCUAGUAAUACUGUAAACUAAUUACUUGGAGAUUCAAUUGUUAAUUAUUUUCUAUGAUUCUCUUAUGGAAUCUCUGUAUAAAAACGAUUUAUUUAAAAAAAUUAGAACAUUUUCUGUGUAUCGGACAA